AUGGUAGGGCAUCAUCAAGAGGCUUGUCGCAAAGUGGCUUUGAGUUCAGUUACUGCCCCUUCUUCCACGUUACCAACGCAGCAGCAACCACUGUCCAAUAAUGGUGAUAAUGGCAGAGGUAAAAACGUGUGGAUUCAGGUUAAUAAACAGCAACCACGCAAAAGGAUUGAAGCUUCAGUUGAUGACCUAGGGCAUCCUCAAGACUCAGCAGCAGGUCUUCCUACAAGUGCUCUAGAUGACACCGUAAUGAAGUCGAGCGUGAAUCCUAUGGUAAGCCUUUCCAGUCUAAAUCAUGAUGUACUAGGGGAUGCUGCUGCUGAUUCUAUUGGAAAACUUACAAAUAAUAUUCGAGUCAUGACUCCCCAUGCUGGAACGGCGAGUCAUUUUCACGUAGGUUCUUCCAGUGGGCAGAAUCUGUUGGAUGAGCAGACUGCGUUCCAGUCGGUUGAAUCUCCUACGAAUUCUAUUCCCCAAGCAACUAUGAUACAUGAGAUGGGUCAAAAACAUAAGAAGGACACCAAAGGAACCCAAAAAUCUCCCUCAACAGCCGUGGAUAUAGUUUCUGUCCAGAAUGUUUCGGAUGACGUUAAUGUGGGGGCUGCUUCUCAAUCUGUUAGUGGGCAGAAAAUAGGUGCUGGACAGAUUUCGGUUGAGCAGCAACAGCAGGAUUAUGUUGACGCUGGACAAUUUAAUGUUGGGCACCAGCUGGACGUUGAUAAUUUAGCUAUUCACUCAGACUUAGGCAGCAAGGACAGUGUUAAUACUGUCUUAUGUGAUUUCAAUAAAGAGGGAGCGGCCAACUACUUCUCCAUUCUGGAAGGCUUAGAGGAUAAGGAGUUGUAG